UUUGCGAAUAAUUUAUUUACUAUUAUUGAUUAUUAAUAAUAAGUUGUUCCUGAUUGGCGAAGCCCAAAUGAAGAAAGAAUUGUAGUCAGUAGGCAGUUUUAUUGAUCAAUAACACUAUGUGGGACAAAGAAAAACUCAAAACUUUUCUGCUAAAUUGUUAGUUCAGAGUAUCUAACAUGGCUGGCCACGAAGGGGCUGCUUUAGAUUCUAAUAAGAGAUUAGGAAAGAUGGUUUUCGAACCGAUUCUUGAGGAAGGAGUGUUCCGGUUUGACUGUUCAGCCGAUGAUAGGAAUGCGGCCUUUCCCAGCUUCUCCUUUGAAAAUCCUGUAGUUAGAGAUACGCCAAUCUUGAAUGUCCCAAAAAUUCCAACCUACAUUCCCACUUUUGAAUAUGUAAUGGCGCAGCAAGUAGUUAAUGUUGAGUUUCCUCCAGGUACCUCUUUCUAUGGAACUGGAGAAGUUAGUGGGCCGCUUGAACGAACGGGGAAGAGGAUAUUUACUUGGAAUACCGAUGCUUGGGGAUAUGGUGCUGGGACGACUUCCUUGUAUCAAUCACACCCCUGGGUUAUGGUGGUGCUUCCAGAUGGAGAGGCGCUUGGAGUUCUUGCAGAUACAACACGACGUUGUGAGAUUGAUUUGAGGAAGGGAUCAAAUGUGAAGUUUGUUUCUCCGGCAUCAUAUCCUGUCAUCACGUUUGGUCCAUUUGCUUCGCCAACUGACGUUCUUGUGUCUUUCUCAAGAGCAGUUGGAACUAUUUUUAUGCCUCCUAAGUGGGCCUUGGGCUAUCAUCAGUGCCGCUGGAGUUAUGACUCUGAUGAACGAGUUCGUGAGAUUGCAAGGACAUUCCGGGAAAAAGAUAUUCCUUGUGAUGUGAUAUGGAUGGACAUAGACUACAUGGAUGGUUUUCGUUGUUUCACAUUCAACCAGGAGCGAUUUCCAGAUCCAAAAUCUCUGGGAGAUUAUCUUCAUGAAAAUGGGUUCAAAGCCAUCUGGAUGCUCGACCCAGGGAUCAAAAAUGAAAAGGGGUAUUUCGUCUAUGAUAGUGGUUCAGAGAGGGACAUCUGGGUUCAAACUGCAGAUGGAAAACCUUUUACUGGAGAGGUGUGGCCCGGGCCUUGUGUUUUUCCCGAUUUUACACAAUCAAGAGCUCGUUUGUGGUGGACUGACCUAGUUAAAGACUUCAGUUCUAGCAGUGUGGAUGGUAUAUGGAAUGAUAUGAACGAACCGGCUGUUUUUAAGACUGUGACAAAGACAAUGCCUGAGACCAAUAUUCAUAGGGGAGAUACAGAACUUGGAGGAUGUCAGAACCAUUCAUACUAUCACAAUGUUUAUGGUAUGUUAAUGGCAAAAUCAACAUAUGAGGGAAUGAUGCUAGCAAAGGAGAAAAAGCGUCCAUUUGUUCUUACUCGAGCAGGUUUCGUGGGUAGCCAAAGAUAUGCUGCAACAUGGACAGGCGAUAAUCUUUCUACUUGGGAGCACCUCCAUAUGAGUAUCCCCAUGGUUCUUCAACUGGGGCUCAGUGGUCAGCCACUCUCAGGGCCAGACAUUGGUGGAUAUGCCGGCAAUGCAACACCUAAGCUAUUUGGAAGAUGGAUGGGCAUUGGCUCCAUGUUUCCUUUCUGUCGAGGGCAUUCUGAAACAGGCACGAAAGAUCACGAGCCCUGGUCUUUUGGACAAGAGUGUGAAGAAGUUUGCCGACUUGCAUUACAAAGGCGAUACCGGAUCUUACCUCUUCUAUAUACUUUAUUUUAUUUUGCUCAUACCAGGGGGACACCUGUGGUAGCUCCAACAUUUUUUGUUGAUCCUAAAGAUUUGGAGUUAAGAUAUCAAGAAAAUUCAUUUAUGCUGGGACCGCUUCUCAUACAUGCAAGCACUGUAAAGGAUGAGGAGUUAUAUGGAACACCACACAAGUUGCCUAAAGGCAUCUGGCACAGUUUUGAUUUCGAAGAUUCUCAUCCAGAUUUACCAGCUUUGUAUCUAAGAGGCAGAUCAAUUAUUCCUGUAGCUCCGCCCUCUCUACAUGUGGGUGGAGGUAGUCCCACAGAUGAUUUGUUGCUGCUUGUGGCUUUAGAUGAACACGGUAAAGCUGAAGGGCUUCUAUAUGAAGAUGAUGGCGACGGAUAUGAAUUCAGUAAAGGAGGCUAUCUAUUGACAACGUAUGUUGCUGAACGGCUGUCUUCUGUGGUCACUGUAAAGAUUCUCAAAUCAGAAGGAUCUUGGGAGAGACCAAACCGCCGCUUGCAUGUGCAACUACUGCUUGGAAAAUGUUCUACGAUUGAUGCGUGGUGUACCGAUGGAGAUGUCCUACUAAUCGAAUUGCCUUCUGAAAGCGAAUUGUCAGAUUUAGUCUUGGCCGGUGAAAAGCAAUGGAAGAGUCGAAUAGAAAAUGCUACACGGAUCCCAGACUUAGAAGUUUCGGGACAGAAAGGAACUGAACUAUCAUAUGCACCCAUUGAAAUUAAAAGUGGGGAUUGGAUUCUGAAGGUUGUGCCAUGGGUUGGUGGGAGAGUUCUUUCUAUGGAGCAUCUCCCCUCAGGGACUCAGUGGCUGCACAGUCGGAUUGAUGUUGAUGGCUACGAAGAAUAUAGUGGUGUGGAGUACCGAUCUGCUGGAUGUUCGGAGGAGUAUUCUGUCAUUGAACGAGAUAUGGAGCAGGCCGGAGAAGAGGAGGCUCUGAUAUUAGAGGGUGAUAUCGGAGGUGGACUAGUUCUAGCUCGAAAGAUACAUAUCUCAAAAGAAAACCCAAAAGUUUUCAGAAUCGAUUCUGCCAUUGUAGCUCGCAAUGUUGGUGCUGGCUCCGGAGGAUUCUCAAGGCUUGUUUGCUUGCGAGGGCACCCUACUUUCAACUUGUUACACCCUACUGAAUCUUAUGUGUCGUUUACUGCCAUUAAUGGUUCCAAGCAUGAGGUGUGGCCCGAAUCUGGCGAUCAGUUUUUCGAAGGGGAUUCCCUCCCCGAUGGGGAAUGGAUGCUUGUGGAUAAAGGGCUCUCCUUGGCACUGGUGAACCGGUUCAGUACCAGUGAGGUGCACAAAUGCCUCGUUCACUGGGGAACAGGGACUGUGAAUUUGGAGCUCUGGUCCGAAGAGAGGCCUGUCUCUAAGGAAACGCCACUUCAGAUAUCUCACGAGUAUCAAGUAACAGGACUGCUGUAAACUGCUCACAUCUACGAGACCAGCAAACUGCGUGAUGGAUUGAGCAACUAGAAGCAAAGCAGCGAGAUUAUCAUACAUGUGUGGUCCUUUUAUCGCUUCUAUUGUCGUGCUUCUUGUUGCUCUUACCAGUUCAAGUUCACAUAAGCCUAAAUUCAUUUGCUUGCAUUUGCUCACACGAAAUUUAAGCCUUCUAUCCUUGUUUAGUGCAUUGAUCAAAUUAUCCGUGGAACGAAAAUUGCUUUUAUGAUUAAUCACCGAGUUCUGACC